AUGGCAAAAAGUUCCAAGAAGAAUGCCACCGAAAAUGGCACAUCCUCAUCUGGAUCACAAGCCAAACCACAAGUGAAGACUCCCAAGCAGCGACCAGCAACCCGUACUAUUGUUCGCUGGAAUGACGAACUUGAUAAGCAAUUGCUUCUCUCAAUCCAAUAUGCCUGUAAUGCAGCUGGAAUCAAAAUUCCAUGGGGGAACGUAGCCACGCUCAUGGGCAACAACAUUACCGAAGGAGCUAUUGUUCAGCACCUCGCAAAAUUGCGCGCACGCAUGGAAGAAGAAGGUAUCCGUGUCCCACCUCCUCUUCGUCGAGGAGGUUUGGGGGCCGCAAAGAAGAAAGGCUCUUCGAAAGCCAGCACCACAAAAGCAACUUCCCCGGAUGAUGAUGCGACUAAAUCCCAGGAGCCAGAAAUGAAAGUAUAUCCAAACAAGGAGCGCCAGAAAAGCGAUGUUACUUCCACCAGGAACAGCGUGGAUUCCUCUCCCAGCUCUGUAGGGGAGAUUGGUCAACCUCACCCAAGUGAUGAUUCCAUUGCUGCUGGGGCAAGUUUUCUGGAGUUUGCGGGAAUUGACAAAACUGCUGGCAGCGCCAAUAAUGUGGUAGCUGGAAGGAAAAGAAAGACUCUGGAUUCCAGCAUAGUUACACUCCGCAUUUCACCAUGGCGUUUAGAAAAACUUCUCAUGAAGGAGAGCAGAGUGAUUGACAAGCACAGGGCUGGGCAACAGGAAGCUCAAGCCUCUUUAGGACAAGAUGAAACUGUUGCCGACAGCGAUGAAACUUAUCAAGACAUGCCUUGUACCCAGCAAAUGCUUCUAAUGGAAACAGAUGCAAUGGAUACAGAGAGUUUCUUGCAGAUUGGAGCCCAACAUUUCGAAAUCCCUACGGAAUGUACAUGCACCCAGGAUUCCGUCGGAGUAUCUACUCAGCCUCUUCAGACAAACGACGAUUUGCUUCAGUUCUAUAACUCAGGAUAUUAUAACACGGCAUUCUCAGACAUGUAUCUCCCCGGUCUGACUAACCGGCCGCUCUCGACGGUCCAGAAUCCAGGAUUGGGGUCCCCUCAGAAUGAUUCGUUUAGCUGGUUGAUGGAUUCGUCAGCCCCCAACAAUAGACUCCUAGAAACGGAAGAUAACUUUGACGUCGCAGAGUUCAUUAGUCCCGAAUACUUGACCCAAUGA